AUGGUUCUCAAGGCUAGUUCAAUUCACACCAACUUCUUGUCGAGUGGCGAAAAGUACGCCACCGACGACGCCUCCUCAUCGGCUGCACCUGCGACAGCCCAGGAAGCUCCGCAGACGCCUUCAGCGCGUCCCACGCAAUCCCGCAAGAACAGCCUCUGGAGCCGCAAGAGCCGCGAGCAGCCUCGCAAAGAUGUCGAGCUGCCAGCAGGCGUCAAGGACGACAACAUCAUCCUCGUGGUCUGGGAUGGCGACAACGACCCCGAAAACCCCAUGAACUGGUCAAUGGGCCGCAAGUGGCUCACCACCGCCCUGCUUUGCUCCAUGUGCCUCUUCAUCGGUCUCGCCACUGCUGCCUUUUCCACCGGAAUCGGUCCCAUGGCUCAGGAGCUCGGUGUCUCCAACGAGGUCGGCCAGGUCGGCAUGCUUCUCUUCAACGGUGCUUUCUCCAUCGUCCCUCUCUUCCUCGGUCCCCUCUCCGAAUUCGUCGGUCGCAACCCCAUCUACCUGGGUUGCUACGCCCUCUUCACCGUCUGGUUCAUUCCUCUCGCUCUUGCCAAGAACAUCCAGACUGUCUUGGUCGCUCGAUUCCUCAGCGGUGCCUUUGGUGCUGCUGGAACCACCAUCAUUCCCGGUACGCUCGCCGACAUCUGGAAGACGAGGGACCGUGGUCUGCCUGUUGCCCUUUUCUCUCUGGUAGCUGUGGCGGGCACCGUCGGUGCCCCUCUCUACUGCGGCUACAUCUUGCAAGAAAAGGGCUGGCGAUGGAUCCAGUGGGUCCAGCUCAUCGUCAACGGCGCCGUCGUCAUCCUCGAGUUCUUGCUCCUCCGCGAGACUCGAGGCUCCGUCAUUCUUGCUCGCCGAGCCGCCAAACUGCGAAAGGAGACAGGCGAUCAGCGAUACCGUGCACCGUCCGAGCUCGAGGCUCCUUCGCUCAAGGCUCUGCUGCACGCUUCGACCACCCGAGCCGCCCUCUUGCUCGUCUCUGAACCCGUCGUCUUCUGCUUCUCGCUCUACAUCGCUUAUGCUUGGGCGCUCAUCUUCGCCUUCUUCGCCGCUAUCCCCAUCGUCUUCCAGGAGAUCCACGGAUGGAGCGUUGGAAACGGUGGCCUCGCAUACAUUGGCCCUCUCAUCGCCUGCUUCCUCGCUUUUGGCCUGUCUUUCCACGGAAAAUACCUCUACGACCGCGCGCAGGCUCGCAACGGUGGUGUUGCCGUUCCCGAAGCGCGUCUUUACUAUGCUGCCGUCGGAGGUAUCCUGGCUACCAUUGGCAUGUUCAUCUUUGCCUUCACCUCGUACGAGCACGUUCACUGGAUCGCACCCGAGAUCGCCCUCGUUCCCCUUGUCAUGGGUAUCUACCAAAUUUUUGAGGCGAUCCAGAACUACCUCGCCGAUGCUUACGGCUCUGAAUACGGCGCUUCCGCUAUUUCGGCUCAGGGCUUUGUCCGCAACGCUCUUGCUGCAUCCUUCCCCCUGUUUUCGACUCAGAUGUUCCACAACCUCACGGUUCCUUACGCUGGACUGCUUCUCGCAUGCCUGCUGGCCCUCGCGGUCCCUCUGCCCUUUGUUCUCAUCAAGUACGGCGCUCAGAUCCGUGCUCGAUCCAAGUACGCCGCUUCUGACGACGCGGAGGACGGUGGCCCCGUUAUUGGCGCCCGACGCGGCGAUGUCGAGAAGGGAACGGCUACCAACUCGAGCGCCUCGAUCAAUACCACGCGCGUGUCCACCCCGACGCAGGGUCUCGAAGAUGCUUCCAAGACCAAGGAGAAGUCUGAUCCAGUCAAGGCCGUCGAUGGUCAAGCCUGA